AUAAAAUAUUAACCUGUUUAUCCGAGUAUGCCGUGUGCUAUCAUUUCAUUGUAAUAACUUAUACUGACUGUAAUGUAGAAAUAAAGUUAAAGACACGUUAGAAAUACAUGAGCAUGUCUGCGGACUCAUUAAAGGUUUCUGGAGCGACAGCUGGAAAUGAAGAGCAUGGAGCUGGAAAGAAUAAAAGGAACCUUAACAUACCAUCUUUGGGGAACCAACCGGAUGAUGAUAUGGAAAUGUCCCCGUUGACUGUCGAGAAAAACACCGUUGAGAAAACUGCUCAGAACGACAAGAGGAAACUUCAUCGGAAAGUUUAUAUAGUAAACGUAGUACUCCUCACAUCAGUCGUUGUGCUUCUAGUGAUAGUUAUAUACCUGGCAACAGUCAAGCAGCCAUCGCAGCGAUGUAACUACGCAGAUAGUGAUUACGUCAAACCUAGAAACUGGAAAGAUCCCGAACCUCAUGAUGAUCUUUCUCCGGAAGAGUUCUCUGCUGUUCGCAACUUCAUGAUCAAAACAAAGUCACUUGGUAUAACACCAUUUGAGGAAGCAACGGUUAACAGUAGUUAUAUAUUGACAAUUGAUCUGUUCUUGCCCAGGAAAGCUGAAGUUAUAGAGUACUUAGAUAGGGGAGGAAGAAAGCCACAAAGAAAAGCUCUAGUUGUGGUUAUUCGUGGUGACACUGAACCUCCAAAGAUCGAAGAGUAUAUUGUUUCGCCUUUACCGACGCCUACAACGGCCGAACCAUACCGAAAUCCUUCAUAUAAACAAUUUCCAAUACCAUUUACGAGCCGACCUAUGGACGAUGUUAAUUAUAUUCCAUUCUAUAAUGUUGUGAUUUAUGAUGCUAUGGAGCAGAUGUACCCACUGCUGAUUGAAAGCUAUGGUCGAGGAUACCAUAACUGCACUACAAAAGCAAAUUGUCUCAUUCCCUUUGACACUGCCCCACGUGGAAGGAAGUCGGGGGACCGUAAAACAUGGGUGUGGCUUUUUGCAGCAGAAGAUGGCUUUUAUAUUCAUCCACUUGGACUUGAAUUCUUUAUUGACCAUAAAUCUACUGAUACCAGUGAAUGGCAUGUAGAGAUGGUUGUUUAUAAUGGACGUAAGUUUAUAGGCAUUGAUGCUUUGAUGGAAGCUUAUAACACAAAUACGUUGAACUUGAUUCAUAGAAAAGACAAGAAUUCUAAAUAUUCUUCAUACGCGGCCAGAGGAGAUAUUUCCAAACAACCGCUUCAAGGUCCUCGCUUAUUUGAACCGGAUGGAAAACGAUACAGUAUAAAUGGUCAACAUGUGACCUAUGGACAGUGGAGUUUCCAUUACAGUAUGAGAGCCUCUACUGGGUUGCAAAUAUUUGAUGUAAAAUUUGAUGACGAACGUUUAGCAUAUGAAAUAAGUCUACAGGAAGUUCUUGUCAUGUAUACAGGAUACGGGCCUACUCAAUCAAACACGGACUAUUAUGAUGUGUCCUGGUUCCUGGGUGCAACAAAUAUGGAACUCAUCAGAGGAAUCGAUUGUCCAGAAACGGCCAUUUUUCUAGACACUUAUUUUUUCGCAAAUUCGGCUUCAGUACAAAAAUAUAAAAGCAAUGUUUGUGUUUUUGAAACUAAUGGGGCUAUACCUCUUCGCCGUCAUUAUUCUAAUAAUUUUGACGGCGGGUAUACAUUUUAUGGAGGAAUCGCAGAUUAUCACCUUGUUAUUAGAACAGUUGCAAAUGUUUGGAAUUACGACUAUAUAUUUGAUUACAUUUUUUACAAUAAUGGCGCUAUAGAAGUUAAAUCAUCGGCUACAGGUUAUGUGCAAGCUACAUUCCGCCUACCUGAAGAGGAGAAAUAUGGAGGAAUAAUUCAUGAACAAGUAAUGGCUGAUCUCCAUAGUCACAUAUUCACAUACAAGGUUGAUCUUGACAUUGCGGGUAUAGAAAACCGAUACACGACUCUUGAUGUCGGCCUUGAAACAGUCAAAGAUCCUUGGUUUGAAACUUAUAAUAGAACACAGAUGAAAAUAACUAAGCAUCUCAUUUCAAAGGAAACAAAAGAACAAACAUUUAAAGAUGGUGUUCCGCAAUACCUUCUCAUCCAUAAUAAAGAUGGGAAUAACAAGUUCGGAUCGUCGAGGACUUACAGGAUCCUUAACAAGGCGCCAAAUCCAUUUCUUGUCCGCGAUCUAGAGUUGGCAAACGCUUGUAAAUUUGCACGCUAUCCAGUAAUUGUGACAAAGAGGAAAGACACGGAACAAACUGCAUCCACUAUUUAUGCCCAGCACGAACCGUGGAACCCGGUGCUUGAUUUCAACGACUUCAUAAAUGACGAAAAUCUCAUUGAUGAAGAUCUCGUUGCCUGGGUCACUACUGGUACCCAUCAUAUCCCUGGAACUGAAGAUUUACCGUCCACACCAACUACAUGGAACCAGUUCUCAUUCUUUCUCACACCACAUGAUUUCUUUGAUGAAUCUCCUAGCGUACGUUCCUCAGACAACGUUGUGAUACGUCCAGACAGCAACGGAAAACCAGUUAUACAUACAUACGGACGGUUGUUUGAGUCAAAGUGUAUUCCACAAACAGUUGGACCGUAUACGUUUGAUGGGAGAAGAGGGUAGUGGUGUAGAACAAAUCAAAGUACUGAGAGGACUGAUGUGGGCAGCGGUUGACAGCUUUUAGUAAUGGGCAUGGACAGUUAGCUUAAGUUUGGUGAUUCUAGUUAAACUACUUUUGAUUAAUAAGCAUUUUCAACAUUUCUUUUACCAGAGCAAGGGGUAAAACUCUGCUUUUAUUCUGUCAAAGGGUAUAAAAUAAUAUAUGAACAAAGUUCAUGUGCUUAUUGAAUUUUGUGAGAGUUGGUUAAUUUUGCUCAAAAUCUUUUUUGAAUUAUAAGCAUUAUUUUAACAAAUCAAUGGGAAACACCCUGUUUUUACUGGAACAAGGGAAUAACAGUAAAUGUGAGCAAAGAUCAUGGACUAAUUGAUAAUUAUGUGAUGUUUGGAGAUUCUAGUUAUAACAAGAGCUUGUAGAACACUUGCAUGAAGUAACUGACAAGGAACAGAAAUUAUUUGGUCACUGGAUAUUUAACGUAUUGAUCUAAAAUCAAUAAUUAUGGGUCAUUCAUCAGUCUUUGAUGACCUCCGUAACAAAUGUGAUUUCAUACCAAAGCAUAAUCUAGUUUUCUGGCAAAAAAGUUCUAUUACAAGUG